AUGUCUGGGCAGAGCAGAAGCAUCGUCCCCGGAGACUCUAUCAGACAAGAGUCCAGCAGUAGCUCAGGUUUGGAUUAUGAACUAAUUCCACUCUUUGAGGAUACCUACAGGAUUUUGAUAACAUUUAAGUCGAAAGAGCAUUUCAUGGCCGUGUACCUUCACGGGAUGAGAUUGGAAAGGGUGGUUGUGCAGUUUCUCAUUGUGUCGCUGGCUUGCAAACUCCGCAUAAAACGAAAUCGCGGUUUGGAUUAUGAACUAAUUCCACUCUUUGAGCAUACCUACAGUGUUGUGAUAACAGUUGAGCCAGAAGAGCAUUUCAUGGCCGUGUACCUUCGCGGGUUGAUUUUGGAAAGGGUGGCUGUGAUGUUUCUAAUCGUGUCACUGGCUUGCAAACUCCGCAUAAAACGAAAUCGAGCUCCCAUCACGAAGGUCAAGCUGUGCAGUUUUAGCGGGUACAAGAUCUACCCCAGACACGGGUGGCGCUACGCCAGGACUGACGGGAAGGUUUUCCAGUUUCUUAAUGCAAAAUGUGAGCCCGAAUUCCUGUCCAAAAGGAAUCCCCGGCAGAUAAACUGGACUGUCCUGUACAGAAGAAAACACAGAAAAGGACAGUCGGAAGAAAUUCAAAAGAAAAGAACCCGCCGCGCAGUCAAAUUCCAGCGGGCCAUCACUGGUGCAUCCCUUGCUGAUAUAAUGGCCAAGAGGAAUCAGAAACCAGAAGUUAGGAAAGCCCAGCAAGAGCAGGCCAUCAGGGCUGCCAAGGAAGCAAAAAAGGCUAAGCAGGCAUCCAAAAAGACUGCAAUGGCUGCUGUCAAGGCCCCCACAAAAGCAGCACCUAAACAAAAGAUUGUGAAGCCUGUGAAGGUCUCUGCUCCCCAAGUUGGUGGAAAACGCUAA